CUUUUCUAAGAAACCUUCACUGGAUCACUUUGCUCUCUCAAUCUCUCUGAAAAUGGCAAUCUCUUUUCAUGCUUGUACUCCGAGUCUUCACCCCCAAACCAGAGCGUCUCAUCCUCCACUCAGUUGCGCCACAAAGCUUUAUUCAGGUCUAAAGCUUCAAUCUUUAGGUGCGUUUGGAACUGGAGUACCUAACUUGACGGCUGAAUUCUAUGGAAAAGUUAACAAGAGCCUGCAACCCAGGACUCGUAACAAUAUAGCAAUGCGAGGGCGAGUUAGAAUGAUGCCUAUAGGGACACCGAGAGUGCCGUACAGAACUCCUGGUGAGGGAACUUGGCAAUGGGUUGACCUGUGGAAUGCCCUCUACCGAGAACGUGUUAUCUUUAUUGGACAACAUAUAGAUGAAGAGUUUAGCAAUCAAAUACUGGCGACAAUGUUGUACCUUGAUAGUGUAGAUAAUUCUAAAAAACUCUAUAUGUACAUCAAUGGUCCUGGUGGAGAUCUUACUCCGAGUAUGGCUAUCUUUGACACCAUGCAGAGCUUGCAGAGUCCUGUCGGCACCCAUUGUGUGGGCUAUGCCUACAAUCUAGCAGCCUUUCUUCUUGCAGCUGGAGAAAAGGGUAACCGCUUUGCAAUGCCGCUUUCAAGAAUUGCGCUACAAUCUCCUGCUGGAGCUGCUCGUGGUCAGGCUGAUGACAUUCAAAAUGAAGCAAAUGAGCUCCUCAGAAUCAGAGACUACCUUUUUAAGGAGUUGGCUGGGAAAACAGGCCAGCCUGUUGAGAAGAUUCACAAAGACUUAAGCAGGAUGAAGCGCUUUAAUGCUCAGGAGGCUCUUGAAUAUGGGCUAAUUGAUCGUAUUGUCAGGCCACCCCGUAUUAAGGCUGAUGCACCUCCCAAGGAUGCAGGAACUGGGCUUGGUUAGUGUACUUAUUGCUUAAGAUGAUUGCCGAAAAUACCCGAAUUAAAGCUGAGUCACCUCUCAAGGAUGCAGGAACAAGGCUUGGUUAGUGUACUUAGUGCUUGAGAUGAUUGCUGUUUGACAUUUCAGAAUAUUCCCCAAGUUUAUUUAUAGACAUGUAUGAUUAGCUGUGUAGUUAGAAAUGGUUUCAUAGGAAUUUAUAUUAUUUCAUGAUUUUGAGAUUAAUGGUGCCCCAAUAAGGGCUUUUGGAAAAGCAA